AUGCGAAUCCGAAAGGCAACUCAGAAGAACAAGAAGAAUGUCGCGGCCGCCGGCGCCGGCGCCGGCAAAGAAGAAAACAAAGUAAACACGGCCAAAUUGAAAGGCGCAGAGAGGUCAGCCUAUUUCGCACGGAGAGAAGCCGCAAAGAUACUGAGAACCGUACUCGAAGGAGACGCUAACCGCCGUGCUCUUGCUUCCAUCAAAACCCUCGUUUAUCAUCCUUCCAUCAGAAACAAGAAAGCCACAUUUGCUCUCAUCUGUCAAACCCUUAAACAUCUUUCCAUUAUCAAUGAUGUUUUGCAAGCUGCUUCUAUUCUCAACACCAAGUGGAAGAAGCAACAAGAAUUGGUUUAUAUCAUUGUCUAUGAUAUCCUUUUCGGUCAGGGAGUUCCACUGGUUGGUGAUGCUGAGAAGUACCUCAUGCGCCACAAGGAUCCCCUACAUUUACAUCUGAAAAAGGUUUUGUCACGGAAGAAUGUGACGACUGUUAAAGACUUGUUUGCUCUACAAGAGGUUCCUGAUAUUUCUGUACCUCGAAAUGUUCGUGUGAAUACACUUAAACUGGAUGUUGAUUCUGCCUUAGUUGAACUUCAGAAAAAAUACUCGGUUCAAAAGGAUGAUUUACUGCCUGACUUAUUAGUGCUCCCUCCAGGAACCGAUUUACAUGAUCAUCCUCUUGUCAAGAAUGGAAGCAUAUUUCUGCAAGGCAAGGCGAGUUCCAUGGUGGCACCGGCACUUAGCCCUGAACCAGGAUGGGAGGUUCUUGAUGCAUGCGCGGCACCUGGCAACAAAACUGUCCACCUUGCCGCCCUUAUGAAGAGAAAGGGUAGGAUUAUAGCAUGUGAGCUGAAAAAGGAAAGGAUUAAGCGCUUGAAUGACACCGUAAAGCUAUCCGGCGCUUCCAAUAUACAGGUUCUCAAUGAGGAUUUCUUGAACAUAAAUCCCAAGGACCCUUCAUAUUCUAAGUUAAAAGCUAUUCUUUUAGAUCCUUCCUGCUCUGGUUCUGGUACUGCCGCUUCUAGACUAGACCAUCUGCUUCCGUCUAAAGCAGCAGGUGAUAUCGACACAGAAAGAUUAAACAAGCUUGCAGCUUUUCAGAGAAAAGCUCUUCAGCAUGCUUUCCUUUUUCCAGCUUUGAAAAGAAUUGUAUACAGUACUUGUUCCAUAAACCAAAUUGAGAAUGAAGAUGUUGUGAAAUCUGUUCUGCCCAUAGCCGAGUCGUAUGGAUUCCAACUGGCAAAGCCAUUUCCCGAGUGGCAGUGUCGUGGUCUUCCGGUCUUUGAAGGCGCUGAAAACCUGGUUCGAACAGAUCCUGCCAAGCAUGGAGAGGGUUUCUUCAUUGCCUUGUUUGUCAAGAAAGAUGCUAACCUUUCGGUGAGGUCAAAUAAAAAUGUUAAUAAGACUCUCCCCAAUUCUACCAGAAUUAGAAACGUGCGAAGGAAGAUACCGAUGUUCAUUCACACUAACAUGUUCAAAAUGUGGUUACGUGGUCAAAAUUGGAGGGAUAGAAGAUAUUUUUCUUGCCAGUGUAAAAGCCAUUCAUAA